AUGCACGUGCACGUGGUAUUCUUGGAUAUACUACGAGACUUGACGCACAAUGAGACUUACGCUUCGGGCGCUGCUGCACUUGUGCACAUGUAUGAUAAUUUAAAUGAGGCAUCAAAGAGCACGACGAGACAACUUGCAGGAUAUAUCACUCUAUUACAGUGUUGGAUCUACGCGCAUUUUCCAUCUGUUGGUUCUACCCUAGCUGCCGAGGAUUAUGAUGAAAGGAGACUGCAUGCAUGUUGA